UGAUUUAAGGUGAAGGUCGUUUAACAUGUGUACAUGCAAGGUAGCUGUAAUAUCUCCUGUUGCUUGUGUAGCGACGUAGAAAACUAAACGUCAUCAUGGUGAAGAACAGAAAGAAAGUGCCGAAUGUUUCCCGUGAGGAACUGAUGGUGAUGACAGUCACCGAGAUUAUCAAUCAGCUGAUCAAAGCUCAUCAGGAGGGCAAAGAUAUCAAUCUUAACAAAGUGAAGACCCAAAUCUCCAGCAAGUAUGGUUUAUCAAGUCAGCCACGUCUUGUGGAUAUCAUCGCUGCAGUGCCACACGAACAUAAGAAGAUUCUUUUGCCUAAACUGAAGGCAAAGCCAGUCAGGACGGCAAGUGGUAUUGCUGUGGUUGCUGUGAUGUGUAAACCUCACCGCUGCCCUCACAUCGCCAUGACAGGGAACAUCUGUGUGUAUUGUCCAGGUGGGCCAGACUCAGACUUUGAAUACUCGACACAGUCAUACACAGGAUAUGAGCCAACGUCCAUGAGAGCAAUACGAGCAAGAUAUAACCCUUAUCUACAGACCCGUCAUCGAGUGGAGCAGCUGAAGCAGCUUGGACACAGCGUAGACAAGGUGGAGUUUAUCGUGAUGGGCGGGACUUUUAUGUGUCUGUCCGAAGAAUACCGGGACUACUUUAUCAGAAAUCUCCAUGAUGCGUUGUCAGGCCACACAAGUAGUUCCGUGGAUGAAUCUGUCAAAUACUCAGAGAAGAGCAAAACAAAAUGUAUCGGAAUCACUAUUGAAACGAGACCUGAUUAUUGCCUUAAGAAGCACUUAAGUGAUAUGUUAAAGUACGGGUGUACCAGGCUGGAGAUCGGCGGCGUGCAGAGUGUGUAUGAAGAUGUGGCCAGAGAUACCAACAGAGGUCACACAGUGCGGGCUGUGUGUGAGUCGUUCCAGAUGUCGAAGGAUGCUGGGUUUAAAGUGGUUGUUCAUAUGAUGCCUGAUCUACCCAAUGUGGGAUGGGAGAGAGACAUUGAACAGUUCAUUGAAUUCUUUGAAAAUCCAGCAUUUCGCCCUGAUGGUUUGAAGAUUUACCCAACCCUUGUUAUCCGAGGCACAGGUCUGUAUGAGUUGUGGAAGACAGGUCGAUACAAGAGUUAUCCCCCCAGUGUACUUAUCGACCUGAUUGCCAGGAUCCUGGCCCUGGUGCCACCCUGGACAAGAGUGUACAGAGUGCAGAGGUUUGGAGGCUUCUCUGUAUAUGUAAUAAUAAUGGAGAAAAUAGUGAAUACCCUUGAACUUGGGACAUCUGAAUCUAUGUUGAGCUGUAGAAUGAUGUGAAUGUGUCGGGAUGUGCGUACACGGGAAGUGGGCAUACAGGAAAUACACCACAAAGUGAAGCCGUACGAGGCGGAGCUGAUACGCAGAGACUAUGUUGCUAACGGAGGCUGGGAGACAUUCCUGUCAUACGAGGACCCGGAACAGGAUAUCUUGAUUGGCUUACUUCGGCUGCGCAAGUGUUCUGAGGAAACGUUUCGUGCAGAACUGAAGGGUGGUUGCUCCAUUGUGCGAGAGCUGCAUGUGUAUGGCAGCGUGGUGCCAGUCAACGCCCGGGAUCCAACCAAGUUCCAGCAUCAGGGGUUUGGCAUGCUGUUGAUGGAAGAAGCAGAGAGGAUUGCUCGCGAUGAACAUGGCUCCCACAAGAUUGCCGUCAUCUCAGGUGUAGGUACGAGGAACUAUUACCGAAAGAUUGGCUAUGAGCUGGAAGGCCCUUACAUGACCAAGUCGCUUCUCUGAUGCUCCUGUUACCAUGGUUACAUUGUAAUACCAAGACAAGCCUGUGGGUUCAUGCAGAGAAGAUCAAACAUCAUAGACUGAAAACAAGGAGCAGUCAUGUUACAACUUGCAUUUGUCUAGUCCACACUCGAGGGGUGGUGGGGUAGCCUAGUGGUUAAAGCGUUGGCUCGUCACGCCGAAGACCUGGGUU